GAAUUUGUGCAAUUCAAAUCCGGGUCCUCUUACCUCCUCCAUCAUAAAAGGACCACCCCUGCCUCUGAGCUCAAGGAGACACUUCCAUUCCAUCACACAAGCCAUUUCCUAGUCAAGAAGAGGCAGAGAAGAGUGAAGAGCAGUGAGCAGUAGCUUUGCAACAAGAGCUAAAAACCAGCAGAAGAGUGACACAAGAGAAGUGGAAGAUGGCGUCUUUACCUCAGCCCAUGGGUUACUACCCAACCUCCAACUCCAUCAUGCACGCGCAGCCGGCCACCACGUCCAGGGGCUCGUUCGGCCCGGUGUUCACCGUGCUCGCCGUGAUCACCUUCCUCGCCGUCGCCGCCUGCGUCGUCGGCCGGCUCUGCGGCCGGCGGCUCUCCAAGAAGAGGGCGGCCUCCGCCGAGGACCAGUUCUACGGCAUCAAUGCCGUCGGCGGCGACCUGGAGAAGGGGUUCGAGAUCAAGUACCCGGUGAUGAAGCCGAUGGCGAGCUCCCGCGCCAUGAUCCACGACAUCGACGACGGCUUCGAGAUCAAGUUCACCCCAGGGAAACCUGCAGCAUGGAAGAACGACAGCAAGGGAGACGGCAAAGGGCAUCAGCAGCAACAUCAACAACACCAACACCAACACCAUCCACAGCAGCAUGGCAUGCCCCAACACCAUCCGCAGCACGGCAUGCCCAUGCCCCCAGGUUUCAGGUACCCUGCAAAUGUGGUCAGGCAAGGGCAGAUAAGAGGUGGAACAUUCAUUUCUGCGAAGCCCAGUACGUGAUUCAUCAUCAAGGUAGCUUAGGUUCAUAACAAACUUGGAUGUAUCUCAUAUAGGAUACAACCUCUUGUCGCAAUAGUGUUCUUCAUCUUCACUCUAGUUUUGGGGUGGACUGGGCAAAGAUUUGUACUAGUUCCAAGCACUACUACCAUAUUGUAUUUUGUACAUUAAACCCAUUGAGCAGUGAAGAAUAUCUCAUUCUCAAGUA